AUGAUUGUAUUGAAAGCAGAAGUACUCAAUGAUGGGCGACAUACAGGAGAAAAUAUAUCUGCAAAGUUAGAAACUAUGUUGUCAUCAUGGGGAAUUCCCAAAGAAAAAGUAUUAUGUAUUGUUAGAGAUGGUGGCACUAACAUGAAAAAAGAAGAAGAAACAACACAUUUUCACCACUCUAAUGUAGCUCAAGAUGAACUUGUUAAUCUACAAGAAAAGCUUAAUCAACCAAAGCUCAAGAUAAUCCAAGAGUGUGUUACGAGGUGGAAUAGCACCUUUUACAUGCUAGAACGCAUUUUGAAAAACAAAGAUUCGCUGUGCCUUUAUGCUUCCACCAGCAACAAAAUUUCACAACUAACUUCAGAAGAAUGGAUACUUGUGGAAAAAUUGAUUACAUUGCUUCAACCUUUUGAAGAAAUAACUCGAGAACUAAGUGCAUCCAAUGUUUCCAUAUCAUCUGUGAUUCCGUUAUUGGCCACUCUGGAAAAGGUGAUUGAUGAAUAUAAUGCAUCUGACGAGUGCAUUAGGAACACUAUACUUGUUUUAAAACAAGAAAUGAGACACAGAUUUUCUCACUUAGAAAACGACAUAUUAUUUGCUACAGCAACGUUUAUUGAUCCUAGAUACAAAACGAAACUCUUCAAAAAUCCUUCAACAAAAGAUCAAGUCAUGAAAAAUGUUUAA